UAAAAAAAAAGGAAAAAUCUCCCAAAUAUCUCCUCUCUCAGGAUGGAACCCAACGAAACACAACAACAGCUAAGCUCCUCCUACUUCCAUCAACCUCCCACCUCCACUAACAUCACCCUCAACGUCGCCGCCCCUUCACCGACCAAUGGCUUGCUUCCAUCUAACGAUGGGGCCCACAUGGUCUCCCCCCACUCCGUUCCCUCCGCGGUGAUGUCGCCUCUGGAGCCCGCCAGGAGGAAGAGAGGGAGGCCUAGGAAGUAUGGCACGCCGGAGCAAGCUCUGGCCGCCAAGAAGACGGCGUCGUCUUCGAACAAUUCUUCUUCGGCACGAAUGAGGAGGGAACAAGCAGGCUCUGCCGCUUCGUCGUCCUAUUCUGGGUCUUCUAGGAAGUCUCAGUUGGUUGCUCUUGGAAAUGCUGGGCAAGGUUUUACUCCACAUGUUAUCAAUGUAGCUGCUGGUGAGGUAUGCACCCUUUUUUUUCCCUAAAGGUGGAAUUUUGUCAGUUGUGCAAUGUAAACUAAAAUAUAAACUAAUAAACUUUACAUGCGUACUAGAUAUGCAUGCAUGGUUUCUCAACUUUAGGUUUGAUAUAAUCUUUUGAGCAUGUGGUUUGUGAAAGGUCUAGUGCAUGCUUUAUUUGAAAGAUUUUCAGGAUUUCCUUGGCAAGGAAAUUGUCGGGUAUUUCCUUGGCAAGGAAAUCGUGGGGUCUGAUAAAGAGAGGGAGAGAGAAAGAGAGAGAAUGGGGUUUAACUAACUCGAUAUGCUUAUAGCACAGCACUGGAUCAAAUCAGUAAAUCUCCAAAUUAAAUUGAAGAACAAAGGAAGUGCAUCAUUGCUUGGU